ACCCGAGUUGGCAGCACAGUUGGACGAAUACGGGAAGGUAAAUAAAUAUUUAGCAAUAACAGAAGAGUUUAAACAUUUUGGGAGCCAAGUGCGUGGCGUGACGCCGGUUGAGAACAUGCACGAGGAUGACCUGAAGAGUCAACUGACCAUUGCGCGGAACGAGAUCAACAAUCUGAGGCAGCAAGUGCGCAAUCUGCAACAUGUGCAGCGCAAGGACAUCGAAACGAUAAACCGCCUGCUGCAAGACUUUCGCUGCGAGGGAUGUGCGAGCAAGAACAAGGGCGUCAAGGACAAGGCCGCGGGUGAAAAGGAGACACAGGAGCACCAGCGUGAACGGGCGCAGGAGCAAGGACAAGGUCACAGCCAGGGUCAGAGCAAUUGCAACCCCGGCGGACUCGGCCACGGAGAGGAUUUAGCACACUUUCGCCCAAUCGGAGUGAUACGGACGGCCUUCCCGGAGAAGCGAGCCGUCCCCAGGCAAUCGAUUGUGGGCAGCCGAUUAAGGGGCAUCAUCCAGCUGAACGACGGCGUGUUCACCAAUCCGGAGCACUCCUUAGAAGGACUGGGAGACUUUUCCCAUCUGUGGCUUAUCUAUCACUUCCACCGCAACAACGCUCAUCCCAAGGCAAAGGUGGCGCCGCCGCGUCUCGGUGGCGAGCGCGUGGGCGUGUUCUCCACUCGUUCCCCACACCGCCCCUGCCCAAUUGGUUUAUCUUUAGUUGAAAUUGAGAAGAUCGAGAAUGCCACCAUCAGUUUCUUUGGCACGGACAUGGUGGAUGGGACGCCAGUGCUGGACAUAAAGCCCUACAUUCCAUACUACGAUGCGCCAUCCCUGAGCGUUGACUCAGGUCGUUCUUCAGCUGGACCGCAUGAGAACAGUCUCGAUUUUUACGACUCCCGGCAGGAGCCCGAUGGCGAGGAGUCCGACUUGGAGCUGUAUGGCGCCGCUGGUUUCUCGGGCAACUCUGGGGUCGGAGGGGAUGCAGUGCUGCCGCCGCCAAGCGCUGUGCGUGUGCCCAACUGGGUGGUGGCCAGCCAUCGGCUGAGCGUGACCUUCAACGAGCAUGCCGAGGCCCAGCUGAAGGAGUUGCAGGUGGAGAAGCAGUGUAUCGUGGACAUAUUGGAGGCGGAUCCACGCUCCGUUUACUUACGCACAAAAUACGGCUCGCAAAUAUUCACCUUCCAGCUAAGGGAGGUCACGGUGACGUGCAAAUUCGACGACAAAGCCGCCUCAGUGACUGUGGUCCAGGUUCGGCGGAAUGAGAAUGUGCAGGUUACCGGCUUAGACGGCGAUCCGCGCUCCGCUUAACUUACAGAUAAUUGCAAUUGAUAUUUGUUCUUUGACAACUUGUGUUUAGCCUUUAAGUGUAUAAUGUUGAGGAGCUUUAACCUUUGGCGUUUCGAUUCAGAACAUUCUGAAAUAUACACAUGUUUGAGGCUUGUUUCCCACGCAAA